CCAAACAAAAAAAAAACAAACAAAUAAUAACAACAACAAACAAGACGAGGAAGAGAAUAAAAAAUAAAUUUUGUUUUGUGUGUUGUGUUUUCCUUUGUUAUUUUUCAAUUUUCUACAUUUUCUUGGGAAAAUAUAAAAAUUGGUGGAUUUUUUAGUCUCAGUUCGUUCUGUGCUUUGCAUCGUGGCGGCAUUUCUCAGGAAGAAAAACAACGUAGAACCGAAAUUAUGAGCACCUUAAGAAAUUGUAUUACUACAUUAAACAUUGUCUUCAGUAUUUGUAGUGGCUUUAGUUGGUAUGCGCUAUAUAAAACCGGAACCAUAUUAUGAGGGUCUCCCACCGUUUAAUGAAUCCGGCAGUCCUUUCAAUGUGGUGCCAAUACAUCAAUAUCCCGAGCUAAUGAAGGAUACCUGCGCCCUCAUCAAUUCCGAAUGGCCACGAAGUGAAACAGCGCGCAUGCGUUCCUUGGAAGCAUCAUGUGAUACAUUGCCCUGCAGUUUGGUUUUAACCACAGAAGGUCUCAGCCGAGUAAUUGCCCACUGCAAGCUUAGUCCAAUACCAUCGAAAAGUAAAUCCUGCUUUAUUGAAUCGGUCGUAGUGGACAAGAGUUGCCGCGGCCAAGGUUUUGGUAAAUUAAUAAUGAAAUUUGCCGAAGAUUAUUGUCGUGUUGUAUUAGAUUUAAAAGUAUUAUAUUUGUCAACAAUUGAUCAAGAAGGUUUCUACCAAAGAAUAGGCUAUGAAUACUGUGCUCCAAUCUCAAUGUAUGGUCCCCGACAUUGUGAAUUGCCCAGUCUGCAGACAGCCAAAAAGAAAUACAUGAAGAAAGUUUUAUAGGCAACAAUCGAAACAGGAAUACAUACAAAUCGAAAGGUAAAUAACCCAACAACGAAUACGGUUGCAGUAAGUGUUUAAAUUUCUAUGAAAUACAGAAUAGACAAAGGAAUCACCUCAAAAAGGCAAGGAAAACAAAAGAUUACUACAACGCAUAGAUAAAGGGAAACAUUAGAGCUAUUAUUUAAUAACAAAAAGUACAGAGUCCAAAGCAAAAAACGAACUUAAGGAUAAAAAAAGAAAACAACACAGCAACAACAAUGAUAAUAAAAAUAGUUAUUUUAGUGUAAACACAACAAUCAUAACUACUGCUUUAUUACAAUAAACGCAAUUGCCAUUUUCUAUUUAAGUUUUUAUUCACAUUUCCAUUUCUUAUAAAGAAUCACAUUAUUACUUUGUAUAUUUUGUCUUUAUUACUGUUUAUUGUUUGAUUAUGAACUUUUCAAGUGUAUUUCUCUUGGAGUAUUUCAUUUGCAAUGAUUUUAGUUUUGAAGUUUAAAAUGUUACCAAAUAGUUUUUAAACUUAAAUAACCAAAAUCAUGGUAAUUUCGGCUUUAUGCAGAUUUUCUUCUUGUAACAAUUAUAAUUAAGAAAUUGUGUAUAAAAAUAAGUUUAAAUACCUUCGAAUAUAUGAAACAUAUGUAAAAAGGAAAAUACAAUUAAAUAUAAUAUAUGUAAUAUUUAAAAAUACGUAUUGUUUGCAAAAGUUCUAUAUGUAUGAUAUUUAUUUACAUUUAAGUCCAUAGCUGGUUUACUGUGAUUAUUUUUAAGCAGUAAAUAAAAACUGCAACAUGUUUGCUCAGAUAA